AUGCCUUCAUACCUGAUCACAGGCGCCAGCAGAGGCAUAGGUUUGGCCCUCGCACAGGAGCUGCUGGCCGACUCUGCCGACAAUUUCGUGGUCGCCACGGCUCGUCGCCCAGAGGCAUCAGAAGGUCUAAGAGAGCUUGCAGGGCAGUACCCUCCCACUCGUCUCGCUCGCGUGCAGCUUGACGUGACCGACGAAGUCAGCCUCGAUAGGGCCGUCGAGGAGGCGACUGCGCUCCUCCCUGAGGGCUUGGACUACCUCAUAAGCAACGCGGCGACGGAUGUCACGGCUCACAUACCGUUCGAAGACCUCGAUCUGAAGCUAUUUGAUGAGGAGUUCAAGGUGAACGUGCGCGCUCCGCUACAGGUCGUGCGCAAGUUCCUCCCCUUGAUCCGCAAGGCGAAGAUCAGGAAGAUCGUACACAUCACGUCUGACCUUGGGUCGCUCGAAAUUGCACCAAAGUGGCCCGGCAUGGGUCCCACUUACUCGCUCACCAAGGCAGCUCUGAACAUGCUGGCUCGCAAGUGGGCCGUCCCGCUCAGCGAGGAAGGCAUCACCACCGUACUGAUCCACCCCGGGUUCGUCGCGUCGGGUAUGAGUGGUAGCUUGGCGGAUACCUAUCUGAGCGAGCAUGGCAUAUAUGUCAAGAAGAUCACGCCGCGCGAGUCUGCGUAUGGCUGCGUGAAGGUGUUUCAAGCGGCACGUCUGGAGAGUGCGGUCAGGUUCAGUGCUUACGAUGGGAGGGAGGUUCCUUGGUGAAGCAUCUUGUCUGAAUCCCAAUGAGGCAUGUAAUUUAGCUUUGUUGAUGUUGUCACGGAUCGCAGGGUUGAAGAGUCGGCUGCUUGGGUAUCGAUGCCCUCCUUCUUGGUGAAUAGAUGCAAUGUCUUGCUCGAGAGAAGUGAAGGAGAAAUGUCGGUUACGACCAGUCUGUGAAUGGAACCCGGCUUCACACUCACUCGCCGACGAUUCAUUCAGAGUCUGUACACCGAAGGUAUCAUCG